AUGGAGAAGAAGUUGGAGUUAGUGGAGCUUCACAAACUUGAAGGCCACACCGAUAGGGUUUGGAACGUUUCCUGGAACCCCGUUUCCUCGAUUCUUGCUUCUUGCAGUGGUGAUAACACUGUACGCAUCUGGGAACAGACCUCUCUCUCUCACUCCUGGUCUUGCAAGACAGUUUUGGAAGAAACACACACAAGAACUGUGAGGUCGUGUGCUUGGUCACCUUCAGGGAAGUUACUGGCCACUGCAAGUUUUGAUGGUACCACUGCCAUUUGGGAGAAUUUUGGAGAUGAGUUUGAGUGUAUUUCCACUUUGGAGGGACAUGAAAACGAAGUCAAGAGUGUAUCAUGGAAUGCAUCUGGUUCAUACCUUGCAACUUGUAGUAGAGACAAGUCCGUGUGGAUUUGGGAAGUGCUAGGAGGGAAUGAAUAUGAAUGUGCUUCCGUCUUAAAUGGACAUACCCAAGAUGUGAAGAUGGUUCAGUGGCAUCCCACUAUGGAUGUUUUAUUUUCUUGCAGUUAUGAUAACACCAUCAAGGUUUGGUGGUCUGAAGAUGAUGAUGGUGAUUAUCAAUGUGUCCAAACCUUAGAUGAAUCCAACAAGUACACCCUCUUCAUGUUCUUCUUUAUAUGCCUAUUCUUAAUAGACAGGUUAAUAUGUGCGUUUUAUUCUUCACACAGCGGUCACUCAUCUACUGUUUGGGCCAUUUCGUUUAAUGCUGCAGGGGACAAGAUGGUCACUUGUAGUGACGAUCUAACCUUGAAGAUAUGGGAGACAGAUAUUGCCAUGAUGCACUCUGGUGAAGGAUAUGCACCUUGGACUCAUCUUUGUACACUCUCUGGUUAUCAUGACCGUACCAUAUACUCAGCUCACUGGUCAAGGGACAACAUUAUUGCGAGUGGAGCAGGCGAUGAUGCUAUACGAUUGUUUGUGGACAGCAACAAUGACUCUGCUGAUGGACCUUCAUAUAAUCUGUUACUGAAGAAGGAAAAAGCACAUGACAUGGAUGUAAACUCUGUCCAAUGGUCACCCAGUGAGGAGAACCGGUUACUUGCCUCGGCGAGUGAUGAUGGGAUGGUCAAGAUUUGGCAGCUUGCAACUAAACCGUGACUGGUUUUUGUUCCGGUUAGGUUUGAAACUCCUGUGGUGUUUAUUUUCCUUGAGAUACCUCUGUAACAACAUAAUAUCAUAGCAACAUGUGAAACUCUAUAUACUAUUUGUCUGAUAUUUUAUAAUAAAGUUCAUUCGUCCC